CUAUGGUAUGGUCAUAGAUUAUGGCUGCAUCAAAAAAUAUAAACAAAUAGCGGAGAAUUGCUGAAUUCUAUAUUUUUAAAUAGACUUCAAAGAAUAGAUUGUAGAAUUACCUUGCUUUAUUUGAUUAAAAUGCAGUUCGAUAAAAUACAAGAAGUUUCUGCAACGAAUAAAUUGAAUCUUUCCGAUUUGGACUCAGCACUCAAAGAAUUGGGAAUGCUAGCUACAUCUACCAAUUCCAGAAAUGAAUACAUGAGAGAAAUUUCGGCUAACCCAUGCACAAGUUCUCUCAAAAUAAAUACAAAAUAUAUAAGCAAUGUUAUGAUAGCAUGUGGGAGUUACAAAACUAAAACACACAGUAGAUUUAAACCUUAUAUAAAAAGAGUAAGAAAUAGGACCAAAUCAGAAAAUAGCGACAGUGAAAGCUAUGAUAUUAUACAUAAAAUGUUGAAUGACUCUUUAAAUGUUGUUGAUAAUAUCACUGAGCUGAAAAAAGCAAAAUCUUUAGAAAGUAUAGUAUGUGAAAACAAAGAACAAGUUGAUUUCACUAAGAUUUGCUUUGAAAAUCUAUCAGACUUGGAAACUGUAAAUGAAUGUAUUCAGAAUUUAAAAUUUGGAGAAUAAAUUGAUGUCGAAUUCCCUAUAUGCAGGUUAAUUCAGCACUAUUCUUUGAAAUGUUGGCUUGACCCAUUGAUAAGGAUUUAAUUUAUUUUAUUUGAAGCAUUGUAGGUUUAUUGUAAAGUAAAACUAUCUACAGUACAAAAGAUCAAAUUGUUAGUUAUUAAAAAAAUUAAUAACCAUAACUAUUAUCUGAAGAACUAACUAAGAGUUUUAUUGAAGAAUAUUCAUGUGAAAAUAAUUCAUCAAAUGUAGGUAAAAGUUCACGAAUAUAAUUUUCGGUUAAACCAACACGAUAAAUAUAGAAGUGAAAAUUACUGUAUUUGAAAUAUUUCUAUAUGUAGAAGUAUUAGAUAAUGCAAAAUCUAUUGAGUUAGUAUACUAAAAUGUUUUUUUAUGUAUUCUGUAAAACUAACCAAGAAUUUUGUUAAUUGAUAUCUUGCAAGUCAACUUAGACAAAUAUAUCUCAGUUUUUGCAAUAAACAUGUUAAUUCAAAUUAUAUAUUUUGUUGACUAGAAAGUGAUUUGAUUGUCAUUAGAAGAAUAAGUGUAAUUCUUUUCAGAACAUUAUAUUUAUUCAGUAA